AUGGAUACUUCUACAAACAACUCAUGCGGUUUACCUAAUAAAAUGUUAACAGGUUUAACAUCUGUUAAAUCAAAUUUAUCACAAGGUCACAUUUUGGAAAAACGUGAAACAAAUUAUGUAAAUAAUCGUGAUAAUUUUAAUUUAAAUAUGGCACGUAGUGUACUGGGUAUUCAGGCACCAUUAAAAUUAAAAACAGAACUCGAAUUGGCAAAAAAAAUUGGUCGUCUCCCAUGUUUACCUAGUUCAAGGUUGAUGCUCGAUGUUUUACGUGGUACAAAUGAAGAUAUUUCCUUUGAUGAUAUUUUGAAUAAUCAACGUGAAUUUUGUGAAGUGCAAGUUGAUCCACAUUUAGCCAUGGAUAAACGAGAUCAAUUAUUUUAA